AUGGCCACAACCACCGAGACACAGCCCAGCUCGCGUGCAGCACAAGUCCUCCUCUCCUCGGAACCUCCCAAAGACCCUCCCACGUUCUCAUUCACCCCUUUCCUUCGCAGCACCUACGGCCAUGCCCUGAUAGCCACCACACCUGUCUGCCCAGCAUUCGCCGCUGGUCACUGUCCUCUAGGUCGAAGGUGCCCGGACCGGCAUCCGACACCCUCACAACAACAGUCCUCCAGCUACCACCACUUCGGCCGACAGAAUGAUAACUACGUCUGCAAACAUUGGCUCAAAGCACUCUGCAUGAAGGGAGACAACUGCGACUACCUGCACGAGUACAACCUGCGGAAGAUGAGUGAGUGCCAGUUUUACAAUCAAAACGGAUACUGCCAGAACGGUGACGAGUGUCUGUAUCUCCACGUCAAGGAGGAGUCAAGACUGCCACUCUGCGAGGACUACAACAAGGGCUUCUGCGAAAGGGGCCCGAAGUGUGGCAAGAGGCAUGUGAGAAGGAAGCUCUGCAGAUUCUACCUCGCGGGCUUCUGUCCAGAUGGGAGGGAAUGUACUGAAGGAGUGCAUUUGAAGGUGGUUGGAGAGGAAGGCAAGGGAGAAGGAGCAGAUGACGCUGCGGCCAGGAGGAGGAGAGCCGAUGAGGCGGAUAGACGCGACGAUGACGAUGCAAGGCGAGAUUUUGGGAGAAACAGAGACGGCGAGGGAGGACGUUGGCGAGGUCGUGGUGGAAGAGGUGGGAAAUGGAAGAAUAGAAGAGACAGAUGA